AAGUGACUAUCAAUUCAGUGACAGUUGAGCCUACAUUUCACAUUCCCACCUCAGGAAUGGUGAUGUUCCCACUUUGUGGCAGUUCCUCUGACAGAAACUGAGGUGCAGAAGGGAAGCAGAUAUUCACGAGAGAUCUCCAUAGAUGAAACUAACAGUUUUGGUGCCACUAGAUUGCCUUUGUGCUCUGUUAGUGUGCAUUAUAGCAGACAUGGUCAGCAAAGGCCAUCUGUAGUAAUGAUUUUGACUCCAUGGGAAGAACAUAAAGUAUUCCAGGGAAAUAGUGAUAUGAACAGUGAGAAAAGGGUAUGGUCUGGAAUGGCAAGAGGAGAGAGUGUGAAUAAACAAGAAGAAUCACUGACACACACUGUUGAUAAGCCCUGCACCACAGUACUUGACAGUCUUCUGACUUCAUUCAAAGAUUCGCUUGAUACACCAAAAGGGAUAGUAAGACCUUGUAAUGUCCAGGAAGCCAACUCUGAAGAAAAAGAAAAGAGAAGGCCACUGUCAAAGAAAGAUAGUUGUGUAACUGAUGGUUGCAAAUGGUCAUGCAAGAGUUGUGGCUUCUUGAAUGUAGCAUCAACUGAACAAUGUGUAAUAUGUACAAAAUGGAGGCCCAGAUUACCCAGACAGGCAUCUCAUCCCGUGACUGGCAUACACCGAUGGUCAUUUCUAGGCGCAAAUGACCUUGCUCAAACGACAGCCAAGAAGAGGACCAAUGGGAAGGAGAAGUGGACAUGUCCAGAGUGCAA